GAACUGCAUUGUGGGGCAUUUCGGGAAGUGACUCAAACGAUGGCGGAUGUGUUGAAUUUGAAUUGAGCAGGAAAGAACUUUCAGAUAACAUUUUCGGGCAUGGAUCUUAAGCAAACCAGAAUAAUGGAUUUAUUGCAGUAUUUAGUUUAUUCGACUGUCGCAGUUUUGGUGUUUGUCAAAGAUUUACAUGCGGAUAUCUCUGUGACAACAACAGUAAACCCAAUGGGACUUUUGGGAGACAAUGAAGUGGAACUUGUGUGUACAUAUAGUCUUGCAUCCGUUGAUACAGUUUUUUACGUAGCGUGGAACAGGGAGAACUCAACAAACCCUGAUCAAUAUGAACAAAUAGCAUUGUUUUAUCCACCAGGAGCAUCACAAAGUCCUGCAACAUUACAAAAUUUAACCAACCCUUCUGUGUUUGGACGAGUAGUUCUAACAAGCCCGACAGAUUCCUCCCUCACGGCUAAGAUCAAGUUUACAAGUGUGGUAUGUGGUGAUGAGCGUAAAUAUCAAUGUACUGUAGUGGGACUAAACAAUGGUGCAACGAUCAAUCCUAUUCUGGCCAGUGUCAGCACUCUAACAGUCACAGCCAAACCCAACGCUACAGCCUUUAAUGAAGUGGAAGUGGUGCCAGCAGCUAAUGUUGAGGAGGGACAGGCGGUCACGUUCACUUGUACCGGUAACGUUGGUCGGCCGGCAGGGUCCUUCUUAUGGACCAGGUACAAAGGUACCACAGCGGGUACUGGUACCACCAUAGCCUCUACCACACAGACAUCCCCUAGUACUGACUGUACCUUCACCGGCAGUAGUGUCAUCGCUAUCCCUAUGACCAAUGACGACAACGGUAUCAUUGUUAAAUGUGCCUUACAACAGGAGACCAUCACCGACGCCACAGACACCGCCUACUUUAAACUGACCAAUGUCAUCAACGUGUUUUACAAAGUGAGAGCCCCUACCAUUAUGAAGAGUCCCAACGCAGCAGUUCAUUACGAGGGCACCACUUUGACCUUGACCUGUGCUGCCGAGGGCAACCCUACUCCUACGUAUGUUUGGCGGCUUAAUGGCACACAGGUCGGCACCUCAGCAGAGCUUCAACUGACCAACAUCAAGAUUGCUCAAUCUGGAGACUAUGUCUGUGAGGCCACGAACAACUUUAACGGGAACACGUACAACAUGACCAGUACAGUCGGCAUUAACAUAGAAACACAACCCACCACUACCCCCACUACAACCACUCCUGUUCCAUCUGUAGACCCCACAGGAGGAGGCGGCACCCAGGCACCCCAGACCGAGGACGAUCCUGAAGGACUCAGCACGACCAUCAUCAUCGUCAUCAUCGUCAUUGUCGUCGUUGUCAUCGUUGUCGUAGCCGUCGUUGCCUUUAUUUGUCUCAAACGUAGAAACGCCAACAAGAGUAUCGAAGAACCUCCAGAGAAGCCAAGAAAUAACUCAGACCUGAGCUUUGUGAACAAGCCUCCAGAUGUGAUCCGUAACGACGAGAAACGAGGAAAUAACAUGGGUUACAAUAAUUUUGACAAACCGAAGGGUGAACUACAGUAUGCAGACCUUACGUUUGAAGACAAACCGCGGAGUCGGCGUCCCAUACAGAUUCUUGACACUGACCUUGGACCAACGACCUACUCUGAGGUCACGAUGCCAAGUGUGUGACCUUUGACCUAGAGAGACCAGGAUAUUUGUGCCAAUGACAUCCCAGGAGUACCAUAGUGCUAAUCUGUGAUGUCACAAAUUUCUAAUUAAGGCAACUACAAUCUUUGCAUUACAAAGGUCAUGACCUUAACUUAGCAGGUUGCCAUCCAAGUGUGGGAAAUCGUUUUAGGGGUGGAGAACACGUUUCAUGUAUUGAAAUCUCUUAACAAGGACGUUUGAAAUGCCGUAGAAGAUUUCAAUAUUUUAUCGUGUUUGUAACUUCAGUCAUGGACUUGCUUGUUGCCUUGUAAAGGAGCAGUCAUUUCUCACAAAGUUGAAACUAGGGAGCAUUCAUUUAAGGUGAAGAACGACCUGUGACCUUUAUACCCACCAGCUUCAAACUUUAUCUGUCUUUAUCAUUGCAGUCAUUGUCACCGAUGGAUGCCAUAUAUAUCUCCAUUCUUUGAUCAUUCAGCGUGACAUAUAUUCCACGCCUAAACUGAUUUAUUGUCAGGUGCCCGGAGUGUCUGAUCCAUGAAAUAUUGGUAGUUUUUGCAGCAGAAUGGAAUAUUGGUGCAGUAAACAUUAAGACGCUGUAUGUUAUAGACCUGAUAUACUGUACACCGGGAAAUUGUUCACUGCAGGUUUUUUUCGCCCUGUAGAUUGAGGGCGAAUAUUAUUAGUUUUCUCUGGGUUAGGAGGGGUCUAUGGGCUCAUUGACCCCGUCUGGUCUAUAAAGAUCAAAGGGGUCUGUGAGCCAGUAGACCCCUUCUUCUUUAACCCUGAGAUAACGAAUUAGUCACCCUGACAAUCUUUUAUUAUUUUUUUUCAAAAUUAUAAGUCACUUUGUGAGUUUGAGUUGUACUUGACUGCUAUCAAAAUACAGUAGCCCCUACCGGACAUCUUUUCGGCAAUAUUUCGUACAAUACACAACCAUCUUUGUAAUUAGCACCCUAGCAGCCCCUCAUAGCUUGUUUCAGUGAAUUGCUGUCGUUUUAGAUUGCUUGUAGGCUGUUUCAUCCUGUAAAUGAUUGGCAAACCUCAAACAAUUGUGUUUAUCAGACGCCAUCUUUGUUGUUAUGAAGAGAGAUUUUCUGUUCAAGUUAUCUCCCGUCGCACAUGCUUAUGUAGACCCUGGUAGAGUGGGUCUAUAUUUCAGGCAAAAUAUCCAAUCAGAAAGAGUGUUACAAAUUAGAAGGAUGACAAAUCAUUAUAGCGAAAAUUAGUCAACAAUAUCAUUCUCAUAGUCAUUAGAUAUGAAAGGUGGAGUUAACAUUUGGCGAAUUCAAAGGUGAAGGGCGAAAGUUUGAUGCUGCGAAACAUUUCCUGGUAUACAGUAUUCGGAUUAUAUCACAAAGCUUAUGAUGAAGACUACAUCAGAGUCUUGUUUCAAUAUUUUUUUUGUGAAAUACACAUUAAAGAUAUCGUUAUUGCCAGAUUAUUUUGGCCUAACUGUGACUCAUUUAUUAUCCCGUAUCAUUUUUCACACAUGGAAACAUUGUAUUAUAUAAAACAUUCAUUCCAAUGAUAAAAUCAACACAUGUAUGAUGAAAUUCCUUAGGCCAAAAUAGGGUUUUUUUCGUUUCCGGUAACCCUACCCUACAAACCAUAGUUUUUAGUGCCUACCCUAAACUUUUCUUGGCAAUUUUCAAGGAAGAACUAUUAAAGUCAAAAUCAUAUCAACUGAAUAAAAAUAUUGAAAAAUAUCAUUUUAAACCUACCAACCCCAAUUUGUUUUCAGAUCAGAUGUGUAACGGGGAAACAAACAUGUUUUUUUUAGUUUGGACUUACUGCAGUUAAAUUCACCUUGCCUAUUAUUACCAGAUGGGGACAAAAAUGUUUUAUCAAACCAAUGUCAAUGAUCAUAUUCAUACCUAAGCAAAUUUAGACUCGCAGAUUAUUACAUGUACUUACUGUUAUUAUACCAUACAUAUCUUAGCGGAAGUCUUAUUCUAGCAUUUUUCACGUUUCAAAUAUUGCUCUAGUUAAUAUUUCUUCUACUCUUUACAUUGUGAAUGUGUUAUCAUCAGUACGCUAAUCCAAUGAAACUUGGAAGAUACACUUAAACUUGAAAUCGCUAAAAUAAAUAAAUUUACAGUAGUUUUCUUAUGUCGCCCUGUGUAAGCAUACCGGUAUUUUUAACAGAGCAUUUUCAUUUCAUCAGAUGCACAUCAACUGCGCAAUAGGUAACAACAUAGUGAUACAACAAUGACAAAACAAUCACGUGAUCAUUGAGACAACGGAGGCAGUAGGAUUCGGAUUAUCUUGACAACUUUCUAGAUAUUGAGGAAGUUGCUACUUUUGGGUGACAUGUUCAGUUGGACUGUCCUUGAAUUUGCAUUUAUUUUUUAUUUUUUUACGAAAACCUGUAAAACUCGAGGUUUAGUGUCCCCCCUGGACAGUUAUAGGACUGAAAGACAUGUAGGCAUUAAUAAUCCAGAAAUAAAUCAUUUCUGUUUUUCUCGCCCUUAAAAAUCGGGACCAGUUGUAUGUGGAUGUUUAUUUCAAAUCAUGUGAUUCUUCAUUGAUAAUCAAAAGAGUGUUGCUUUCUUUUCCAAAAGGAACUGUCCCAUGCUAUUACUCUGGGAGAGUUCAUUAAGAGUAUAUUAAAUCGGAUUUUUUUGCAAUAUGGAAAUGUUUUUCACAUUGAGUAAUGUUAGUGCGAAGAUAUCCGCAUAAAAAUAUUGACUCAUAGCGUGAAUAAGAAAAUAUCCACAGUGUGAUAAGUUUAAAAAGUCACAAGGUGAACAUUCCAACAUGUAAUAAUUUCUAUGUUGUGUUGUCGUGUGUUGAACUUUCAGCUUUGAGCAUUGUUCCCUGUGUUGGCCUGUGUCAAAGAUGUUAUAAUUCUAGAUGUUUUCAACUUAUCAUGGAACAAAGUGUUAUUCCAAGAAUUUAAUAUAUUUUUCUAAUCUUAAAAAUGUUUAAUUACAUUACAUUGUUAUUUCAUUUUAAUUGAAAACAGGAGGUGUUCAUUAUACUGUUAUUAUUACUAGUAUCUAGAUGUUUUGCUGUAUGUGUCUGUCAGUGCUACAAAAUGUAUUGUUUUAUGUACCGUAUCUAUUCCACUACAAAUAAGCUCCUCUCUACUACCGUAAAUGUCCAAGGAACAGGGUGGGCGCUCACAUUUUAGCCCCUUCUGCUUUACAGGAAAUGUCAAGUCAUGCUUUGUGGUCAAAAGAGGGAAUGUCCAAGAUGGUGGCCAUAUUGAAUGAUUGUAAAUGGGGGACUGCUUGCAAGUAAGCGCCCUGCCAAAUUCUGGUUGAUUUGUUACAAGGGGAGGGGCUUAUUUGUGAUUAAAUACGGUACACAAUAAAAACUUCCAUACCUCAUGAUCUGACUUUUCUCAUCCGAUGAAAAGUACUUGUAAGAGGUCAAAAUCUCGCUACAGAACCCUGGAAUUAAGACUUUCUUCAUUCUGAAAACUGAAAAAGUCACAAGUUUGGUUUCUGUAGUACAGAGAGGUAUUUUUUUCUAAAAAUGUUCACAAAUAAAAAUGAUUUGCUGCAGGUAUUGCAGCACUGGUACUUUGUCCGUUUUCUUGUUGGGACAUAAAAUCAUGUUUUUUUCUCAGUAAACUCACUGACCUUAAGAUCAAGUUGUUGAUACUGUGAACCAGUUGUCUUGAUUUCUAUAUAUUGCUGUCAAAUAAACAAACUUAUAUGAAAACAAUACAACAACUUAUACACUUUCUCAUAAGAACUGUAGCUUAUUGUAAAGUUGGUAUAGGGAAUGAUUUAUAACUGUACACAAAUCGCAUGAUUUUUCCGGUGAUGUCGGCAAAGCUACUUUAAAUUGAAAAAGUGUUAAAAUUUUCAUAAUAUAAGCAAUUCAUGGUCAUUAUUUUACCUUUGUUAUUUAUUUUACAAAACAUGUCAUUUCUUUCUUGCGAUUUUUAAAGUCUGGAAAGCAGGCAAGGGAGGUAACUGUGAAAUGUCACCAGUUAGAUCAGAUCACGAGUAUAUUUGUAGAUUUACCAUUCAUAUGAUACAGCAUCAUGUAGUUAUUCUAAAACAUCAUGUUAUUUGUUUUAAAUUUUCUGGUUAAAGUUUUUCUCAUUUACAUGUUAGGAUACAAAAAGCGAAUAUUUUUGAAAAAUCAUGGUUAAAUGUUUUCAGAAUUAUUUUCUUACUUGUUGAUAGUUUUGAUAGCAGUGGGUUCAUUACCAGGACAACUUGUCCUUAUUACAUCAAGCUGUACUUAAAAUCAAUAAACAUAUCACUGUCUUGUCUGUAUGGCUAAUUAGCAUUUCAGGGACCAUCUAAAACAAUUUAGUAAAUUGUUUAAGGGAUGAAAAUACCAGAUGUCAUCCAUUUUAUAAUUUCUUUGAGGUUUAAAAUUUUGUAAACGUUUAUUAUUUAGAAUUUCUUCUUCUUGAUCAUUAUUUUGAUAAUUAGUUAUCAGUUAUGUAAGUUGAAUGUUAACAUGUAGCACAACCUUAUCCUGUUGUGACCACACAGGGAAGGAAUUGUCUACAUCGGUCAGGCCGCUGCUGUACCACUCCUAUGCUUUUCUGGAGGAAGUUACAAAGAGGAGGGUGUAUAUGUUAUAUCAAUUUUUGGUGUAUAUAUCUUUUUAAAUUGUAAUGAACUGGUUUUGCUUGUUCUUUUUCAUUCUUGGAAAAUUCAAUAUGAAUGUAUUCAUAGUACGAUUGUGUGAAUUUAUGUGGUCUUAAAAAUAAUUCAAAACAAAAAGAUAAAAUUAAAACUGUACAUCAGCAAACAGCAGCACAAAAUGAAAAGUAACAUUUUUUUUCUAUAUAAAGAUUAAGAUGUAGAAAGAAAUCAACUUGAGCAUGACAUUGAGAUAUUUAUACACACAAACUGGUGCAUAUUCAACACGACACAAUGAAGAUUUUUAGUGAGGGAGGUUGUAUUGUUUAUUGAUAGAAUUGCUCCCUUAAAGUCACACGAUUAUCUCCCUUUGAUAUUCGAGUUAUCUCCCUUAUCUGGGAAGUUUCAAUUAUUCUUACCGAAAUAUCACACUAACAGUAUAUACGUAGUAUUUAUCACUGAAUGUAUUCUAGUGUGUUAGGACCAACUUUAGUAGCACCACUUGCUGUAUUAACAGACAAUUCCUUGUGUCCUUGUUACAGUAGUGUAAGUGAAUAGAAACGUUCUCAAAAUUAUUAAAAUUGAAUUUGAGUCUUGAAGCACAAAUCUCCCUUUAAUACUAGAGUUAUCUCCCUUAGACCUCUUUGUAAUCAACAUUGUACGACUACUAUGUCAGUUUAUCGAAUGUUAAUCCUAUCUUACUGCACAUGUUUUUAUACACAAUUUGUAAUUCAGAAUCAAGAGCCUAAUAGGAAAAUGCUGACGUUUACUAUUUACCUGUAUUUCUGAACUUAAAUGGUCAGGUACAUGUUCAAACUGUAGGUGUAUAAUAGUAUAGCCUGUGGCCAUCAUGUAUCCGUGUGUAGCCGUGACAUACACGUUUAAGGAGGGGAUGUCAACUCCUCCAUCAUUAGUUUAGGAUUUUAACUGUUAUAACCUUGUCCUAACCUAUUUAACAAGGAACUGGUUGAAAUAUGGCUAUUUUUGUAUAUCACAGAUAUUUUUUACAGUUGUACAUAAAUAUAUAUACAUGUAUUAUUGAUAACAAGAUCCAACCGUGUACAAAUAUGAUGAAUUCCAUUAGUACAUAAUAAAUUUGUACAUAUAUUCAAGAUUAAAA